AUGUUCUCCCCGAGGACGAUAAGCUCUCUCACGCGCACACAUUGCGUCAGGUUACGAUUUUCGAGAUGGUCGUCAACUAUUGCGCCGGUAGAGCUACAUUCGAUAGCCCAGAUACCGUCCACGAACAAAAAUGACGGCGCUAUCGUCAUCCUACACGGGUUAUUCGGAUCGGCUCGCAACUGGGGAGCCCACUCAAAGUCAUUAGCCCGUAGUCUCAACAGACCAGUAUAUGCGCUGGAUCUCAGGAACCACGGAAAUUCGGGGCAUGCGGAGCCCAUGUCCUACUCAGCAAUGGCUAGCGACGUCAUACACUUCAUCCAAAAACACUCGCUCUCGGACGUAUGCCUCAUCGGCCAUUCCAUGGGAGGAAAAGCUGCCAUGACCGUUGCCCUGGAACCGACGCUCCCCGCGAACACGCUAUCGAAGCUCAUUGUCGCCGAUAUCGCCCCUGCUAGAGGCCAAUUGUCCGCCGAGUUCAAAAGCUACAUCGCAGCUAUGCAGAAAAUCGAAGCGGCAAAGAUAUCGAGUCGAAAAGAAGCCCUUGAGAUAUUGAAUGAAUACGAAACGGACCCUGAUAUCUGUGCCUUUCUGCUGACUAAUCUCAUCCCCAAAGCAGACGGCACCAGUCGUUUUCGCAUUCCCGUAAACCUGAUCGGAGACGCGAUCCACGAAAUGGGAUCAUUCCCAUUCACGCCCGAAGAAGCCCAAUGGGCGGGAGAAACACUCUUCAUCAAAGGAGCGAAGAGCAGCUAUAUCAAUCGCCACAAUAUCCCGCUUGCAGAGAAGUUUUUCCCAAAUAUGAAGUUGGAGACGAUAGACACAGGGCAUUGGGUACAUUCGGAAAGACCGCGCGAGUUUUUGGGACUGGUAGAAGGGUUUCUGGGGCGACUUGCAGACUAA